AUGCUCGUUCUCGGGUCGGAUCAAAUGUCACGACAUCAUUUCUACGAUGUCGGUUGGAUGUCGUGCAACGUCUUCAGAAACGUGAAAGCCUGUCGGAGCAUUUUUGAAAACGAGAUUUUCGGCUUCUUCCCCCGCAUUAUGCAACAUGCUUGCUUCGAGAAGCGAUUUCUGAACAAGAUGCAGAUGAGAUCCGGAGACAAAAGGGGCGCGGAAGAAUCAACACCGUCAACUUCUUGUGUCCGUCUGAGAUGUGCUGAGGAUAAAGAUUGUUGGAGGAAAUCCGACGAUGAGACCUCCUCUUUCUUUGAACAAACAUUGAAGAAUCUGGGAAGAAUCCGUGAAGUGUAUCGGUCAUACUUAGCCCGAGUCUCCCAAUAUCAAGGGAGGGAGGCUUCCUCUUCCUACCCGGAACGAAGAGACACAAGCUCCUCGAACACACAUGCUCCUGUUCCUUCAAUGAGAAUUCUUAGAGCUCAGCCGAUCGCUACUCUCAUGUAUCUAUGCUCGCGCCAUUGGAAGUCUGGGAGGCCUGUGCAGAAGUCAUGUUGCUUUCUUGGUUCCUCUCAAAACAUAAAGCGAGAGCACGGAAGUGACAGCAAGUCUCUAUACGAGAGAAUUGCGAAGUUAUCAUCAGGUGUUUCGAUAGAAUGGGAAGUCUUUGCCAAAUCUUUCAAAUACCAGUAA